AGGGCGGCCGAGUGGACUCCCUCCCCCCCUCCCAACAGGCCUCGCGUGCUGAAUUCCGAUGACGUUUUGGAACGUCUGUGCGGUUGUUUUUGUCAUCGGCUCCGAGUAAUCGCCUCGCGGUUUCCGAUUCAAAUCGACACGGCGGCCGUUACCUCCAGGCGGUGGAAAUAGGCGCGGCCUGGCAUAGAGGAGGAGAGGGAGGAGGGGCGGCGGCGGCGGUGGUGGUGGUGAGGAGUGGGCCACCCGCUUAUCUUAUGUCUACAGCAAAGUCUCCCGUGUGCCUGUCUCUUCCCCAAGGCAGCUGUUGUAGGCCCAGGCUGCCGUGGCCUGCGAGGAGACGGCGGUAGUGGGACAAGGGAGAGUGAGCAGUGUGAGCCCGUCGUGAGACCCAUCGCACAGAGAAAGAGAGCGAGAGAGACGCCGGAUCUGGGGCACAGGACAACGGCCUCCUUCACCAUGUCGUCGGUAGACAGCCUGAAGUCGCGGCUGAAAAAGCUGGAGGCAAUGGUCAGAGACCCGAAGUCUCCGAUUAACGCAGAGAGUUUGUUGGAUGGACUCAAUGCACUGGUUCAAGAUUUGGACUUCCCUGCCCUCAGGAAGAACAAAAACAUUGAAAACUUCUUAAAUAGGUAUGAUAAAGUUAUGGGUAAGGUUCGAGAAAUGCAAAUGAAAGCGGAAGACUACGAGGUCGUAAAAGUAAUAGGACGUGGUGCAUUUGGUGAAGUUCAGCUGGUUCGACAUAAAGCGUCUCAAAAAGUAUAUGCAAUGAAGCUUUUAAGUAAAUUUGAAAUGAUCAAGAGAUCUGAUUCAGCAUUUUUCUGGGAGGAACGAGAUAUCAUGGCCUUUGCAAACAGUGCCUGGGUUGUCCAGCUAUUUUAUGCCUUUCAAGAUGACAGGUACCUCUACAUGGUGAUGGAAUAUAUGCCUGGUGGUGACCUUGUAAAUCUCAUGAGCAACUAUGAUGUGCCAGAAAGAUGGGCCAAGUUUUACACUGCUGAAGUAGUGCUUGCCUUGGACGGCAUUCACUCAAUGGGUUUUAUUCACAGAGACGUUAAGCCUGAUAAUAUGCUUUUAGACAAAUUUGGACAUUUAAAGUUGGCAGAUUUUGGAACUUGCAUGAAAAUGGAUUUGACUGGAAUGGUUCGAUGUGAUACAGCAGUUGGAACUCCUGAUUACAUUUCUCCUGAAGUACUAAAAUCGCAGGGUGGAGAUGGAUAUUAUGGACGAGAGUGUGAUUGGUGGUCUGUAGGAGUUUUCUUAUAUGAAAUGUUGGUUGGUGACACGCCGUUUUAUGCAGACUCCCUUGUUGGUACAUACAGUAAAAUUAUGGAUCACAAAAAUUCGCUCAACUUUCCUGAUGAUGUUGAAAUCUCAAAGCAUGCCAAAGACCUCAUCUGUGCCUUCUUGACUGACAGGGAGGUUCGAUUAGGGAAAAAUGGAGUUGCAGAAAUCAAGCGACACUCUUUCUUCGAAAAUGAUCAGUGGACGUGGGAUAAUAUUCGUGAGGCUGCAGCCCCUGUCGUGCCAGAAUUGAGCAGUGACAUAGACACAAGUAACUUUGACGAUAUUGAAGACGAUAAAGGAGAAGUGGAAACAUUUCCUACCCCAAAAGCCUUCGCCGGGAACCAGUUACCUUUCGUAGGAUUUACAUAUUUUCGAGAUAGCCAGUUGCUCAGUGACUUGCCGGCAUCCUAUAAAGAAAAUGAGCCUAAUUUACCCAAUAAAAUUGAGUCUGCAAAACUACAGAAAAAAAUGCACCAGCUUGAAGAACAAUUGAGUAAUGAAAUGCAAGCCAAAGAUGAAAUGGAUCAAAAAUUUAGAACCACAAGCAGUCGUCUGGAGAAGAUAUCCAAAGAUUUGGAAGAUGAGAUAACAUGCAGGAAGGAUGUGGAAUCGGCUUUAAGGCAUUUGGAACGUGAAAAAGCACUACUCCAGCACAAGAAUGCAGAAUAUCAUCGGAAAGCUGAAAUGGAAGCAGAUAAAAAACGUGGCUUGGAACAUGAGGUUAAUAGUCUGAAGGAUCAACUUGACGAUAUGAAGAAAAGGAAUCAGAACUCCCAAAUCUCAAAUGAGAAAAUGGCUCAAAUACAGAGACAGUUGGAUGAAGCUAACGCCUUAUUAAGGACAGAAUCUGAGACAACAGUGAGACUACGAAAGAACCAAACAGAAUUAUCAAAGCAAUUAGGACAACUGGAGAUCAACAAUAGGGAGUUGCAAGACAAAAACGCUGCAUUGGAUAACACCAAGCUCAAGCUUGAAAAGGACUAUAUAGGUUUACAGUCAGCACUGGAAGGUGAAAGAAGAGAUCGCUCUCAUGGUUCAGAGAUUAUCAGUGACUUGCAAGGGCGGAUUUCCUCAAUUGGAGACGAACUGAAAAACACUAAGAGCACAUUGUCCAAAACUGAAAUGGAGAAAAGACAGCUGCAAGAUAAACUAACUGACUUGGAAAAGGAAAAAAUUAACAUGGAAAUAGACAUGACAUACAAGCAAAAAGUAUUACAGCAGCAUCUAGAGCAGGAGGAAGCUGAACACAAAGCUACCAAGGCGCGGCUUGCAGAUAAGAAUAAGAUCUACGAGUCUAUAGAAGAAGCAAAAUCGGAAGCAAUGAAGGAAAUGGAAAAGAAGCUGCAGGAAGAAAGAUGUACAAAACAAAAAGUUGAAAAUCGUCUUCUGGAAGCUGAAAAGCAAUGUUCAAUGUUAGACUGUGAUAUUAAACAAGCACAACAACAAAUAGAAGAAUUAUUUAAUCGAAAGGAAAAUUUAACUGAGGAGGUCAAAAAUUUGUCAUUAAAGAUUGAACAGGAGACACAGAAACGUAGUUUAACUCAGAAUGACUUGAAGAUGCAGACACAACAAGUAAAUUCACUGAAAAUGUCAGAGAAACAGCUGAAACAGGAGAUAAAUCAUUUGGUGGAGACUAAACUGAGUCUGGAAAAGCAGAUAGGAGAGUUGCGAAAAGAGCGCCAGGAUGCUGAUGGUCAAAUGAAAGAGCUUCAGGACCAGUUGGAGGCAGAACAGUAUUUUUCAACUUUGUACAAGACUCAAGUAAGAGAACUGAAGGAAGAAUGUGAAGAGAAAAACAAACUUUGUAAAGAUUUGCAACAGAAAAUGCAGGAAUUGCAGGAUGAGAGAGAUUCUUUGGCCGCACAGCUUGAGAUCACACUAACGAAAGCUGAUUCUGAGCAGCUUGCACGCUCAAUUGCAGAAGAACAAUAUUCUGACCUAGAAAAAGAAAAAAUCAUGAAGGAGCUUGAAAUUAAAGAGAUGAUGGCAAGGCACAAGCAAGAAUUGGCGGAAAAGGAUGCUACUAUUGCAUCUCUGGAGGAGACCAAUAGAACACUGACUGCUGAUGUAGCAAAUCUUGCAAGUGAGAAGGAGGAACUGAACAACAAAGUAAAAGGGCUUCUGGACCAGGUUAACAGACUGAAAGAAGAAGAUGCAAAUCUAAUCACUAUUAAAAUCCAAUAUGACAAACAGUUGCUGAAUGAGAGGACGCUCAAAACACAAGCUGUCAAUAAAUUAGCUGAAAUUAUGAAUCGUAAGGAUAUGAAGAGGGACCAUGGGAGGCGAGGAAAUGACACUGAUGUUCGUAAAAAAGAAAAAGAAAAUCGAAAACUGCAAUUGGAGCUAAGGUCAGAGCGGGAAAAAUUAACACAAAUGAUGAUCAAAUACCAGAGAGAGCUCAAUGAAAUGCAAGCGCAAAUUGCAGAUGAAAGCCAGGUGCGAAUUGAACUGCAGAUGGCACUAGACAGCAAAGACAGUGAUAUUGAACAGCUACGUUCCCAACUGCAAUUAAUUCAUGUUGGUCUAGAUACUACUAGUAUUGGCAGUGGUCCUGGCGAUGCAGAAGUAGAUGAUGGAUUUCCUGUUCGUAUCACUCAAUCUCACACCACGGAGUCCAUGUCUUUUAGCUACAAGCGUUCUUCCACUUCCGUCACCAUUGAUACUAAGCCCUCUUAUUCUCACCUCCAUGGUUUUGAUUCUGAGUCUGACUCAGACGACGGCACAGAGCCCAUUGUACACGCACAGUCUGACUCUGAACCUGAGCUUGAAUCUGAACCUGAUUCCGCAGAAUCUAGACUCGAAGGCUGGCUUUCCUUGCCUAUGAGAAAUAACACAAAAAAGUUUUUGUGGAGGAAACAGUAUGUAAUUGUGAGCAGUAAGAAGAUCCUAUUUUAUGACAGUGAGCAGGACAAAGAGUUUUCUAAUCCUUCUAUGGUGUUGGAUAUUGACAAACUUUUCCAUGUUCGGCAGGUUACACAGGGUGAUGUAUAUAGAGCAGAUGCCAAAGAGAUUCCCAGAAUAUUUCAAAUCCUUUAUGCUAAUGAGGGGGAAAGUAGGAAGGAACAAGAGUUUCUUGUGGAGCCUCCUGCCUUGGGAGAAAAGUCAAGCUACAUUCCUCACAAAGGACAUGAAUUUAUACCGACCCUCUAUCAUUUCCCAACUAACUGUGAGGCUUGUCCAAAGCCAUUGUGGCAAAUGUUUAAACCCCCACCAGCUCUGGAGUGUCGCCGAUGCCAUAUUAAAUGCCACAAAGAUCACAUGGAUAAAAAAGAGGAUCUUAUAGCGCCCUGUAAAGUAAAUUUUGAUGUUUCAUCUGCAAAAGACCUGCUGUUAUUAGCUAAUUCAACAGAGGAUCAACAGAAAUGGGUGAGUCGACUGGUGAAAAAGAUUCCAAAGAAACCUCCUGCACAUGAUCCCAACUUCCAUAGAUCCUCACCUCGGUCCUCAAUGCGUGUUCCACCUAACCAGUCCAUGAGAAGGCCAAGCCGACAGCUUCCUGCAGCCAAACCCAGAUUGCUUGACAUGGCCUUGAAAGACUGGGACUGGCCAUUUGAUGAUGAUGAUGAUGAUGAUGAUGUUUUUGAUUUUUGAAGAAGUUAUUUUAACCUGAAUGGGCUAACCUGUCUUCUCGGGAAAUGCAGUCAUACGGUUCAAGAUAAUGGGUUUCAUUGUUAAACAAAAAGAGACUGUAAUAUACUUUCUGACAUUCAAACAAGGGUGCACAAAAUGCUGCAAUUUAUUUUUAAGAGUGAGCUAAAAUGAUUAUGUAUCAAAAGUAUCACAGUGGUUUACAGCACUUUGCAGCAAAGUAGAAUUUUAACCUGGGUACAGUAUUGGUCUGCUGCAGACCCAGACAGCAAUAGAAGUUGAGUAAAAGACACCUCCAGGCUGCUUUUUAUGUCUGAACUGUGCAGAGCUUUCUUGGAUGUGAUAUUACUUGGCAACCAAGUGAAAUAAACACUAGAUUGGUUGGAACAUAGGUUGGGGGUAAAUAGACCACUGUCCAAGAGUUUGGGUGUUGUAAAGAAUGGUGAAUUUGAGAGGUGGUGACCAGUUCAACCAACAUACGAAACCAAAUAAACCAAAUGGUCAUGUGGAAGUAAUUGUGUUCGACCAGCCCAAGAGAGCUUUGGAAGUUUCCAAGUCAGUCAUACCUUUACAGUUUUAUGCAGAAUAGUAAUUAGUCAGAGGAAACCUUCAGUUGUCUUGGCACACAAUACAUCAUAUGGUAUGUAUAAAGAAGAAGCUUUUGUUAUCACAGUUGCAUCUAUGCACUUGUAUAAAGCCAUAGAGUUUAACAGACUUGCUUAUGAGCAUUUUAUAGGAAGCUGCAUCUAAAAGGAUUGUGGGGAAACUGCAGCCCUUUGGAUUGAGGAAAUUUUGGAGAAUGUUAUCAGUCAUAAAUAAACACUUUAUGAUGGGCAAUCCAUGAUUUUCAUUUCAGAAAUAACGCCUUAAUUUAACAUUUUCCUAAAUGUUUGCCCAUCUUGUUAAAUUGAAGUUUACUGAUGACUGUUAUAAUGGGAAUUAAAUGAAAGUUUAUUGUUAAGAAAAAUAGUGCACUAUUUUUACACGUAACCAUUUGCAUUUGCAUUGGCCAAUUUUGAAUGUUUCUAUAAAAUUAUUGAAGAAAAUAUUUCAAGUAUGGAAUCUUUAAAAAAAACAACUAGUUAUUGUAAAACUGUUACUACCCAUUGCAGACUGAAAAUUAUAAAAGGAAUGAUAUGUUCUUGGCCCAUUUGAUAAUACUGUAAUAGAAAAUUUACGGAACGUAAUCCUUUAGAGUCACUAAGUGCUAUGAAACCUUAUUUGCCUUGGUUUGUGUAGCAGUCUAGAUGUUUUAUUUUCAUUAUUUCUAAAAAAAAGAGCAUCUGUGUUAUUUUUACUACAUUCUCACAGUACAUAUAAAGAUUUUCACACUCUAAAAUGAUUUAACUAAAGUCAUACUGUAGAUGUAUUUUAAAGUUUGAAUGGAGUUCUCUAACACUGUAGCUGUAGUAUAGACUCUAGUACGGUUGCAGUAGUUUGUUAUGAGGACUCUGAAUAGCUGGGAAGCUGAGGCCUUGCAAAUGGGGCACUCGCACAGAUAUUUUACAUGUCAUCUUACAAAAAUACAUAAUUUAUAUUGGCUUGGCCAUUGUAUUUAUAAAGGCUAUCAACUUGAAAUGCAUGUUUUAUACAACUACAGUAUGCUAAAGAUAAUGUAAAACAUAUUUGACAAUAAAACCAUUAUGUAGCCUUCCAA